UUGUGUUUAUCUCAUUUGUGUUUUUGUUGAUUUAAUACUAUUGUGUAAAAUGCAUCAACAUUCAGGGUUUGAGAAUGUGGGAGUUUUUUAUUAUUAUUUUUUUGGUCUUUCACUGUUGGAGGAGCAGCACAGGACAGCAUCAGCUGAUUGUUCAGCCCUAACCUCGAAUAUCACCUGAGAAGUGCAAGGUUUCGGUCGUUGUGGUGGUCAAUGUCUAAAUUCACGGGUGAUAAUCACUGGUUCGAGAUAAUCAUGAAAAGUCUUUGAAGUAUUUUAUGGAUUUUUUUUUACUUGUGGAUUUAUAAGUGACGAAAAUGUUGCAAAUUUGUCAGUACCUGCUUCGUAAUUUAUCUAUCAGUAAUUUGAGAAGAUACGCCAGUAUUGCCGCAAGGCCAUUCAGUAAAUCCGGGGACAAGUUCAACGCUGGAUUAAUUAUAAUUGGAGAUGAGAUUCUAAAAGCCCAAGUGAAGGAUACGAACUCCUUCUUCAUGUGCUCGUUGUUAUGGGAGUGUGGAGUGAAGGUAGAGAAAAUAUCUGUUAUCAGUGAUGACGUGGAUUUGAUAGCAAACGAGAUAAUGGAGUUCUCUGGAAAAUAUAAAUACGUUAUAACUUCCGGAGGAAUUGGUCCGACUCACGACGACAUGACGUUCGAGGGACUGGCGAAGGCCUUCAAUGAUUCUCUGCACUGUCAUCCAACAAUCGUGGGAAUCGUCCAGGAUGUUUACAGAACUCAGGACGAGAAAUCCCCAGCUUUUAAAAUGGCACAUGUCCCCAAGAAAGCUGUUCUCAGGUUCGGGAAGCACCAGGAGACUGGAGAAUGUCUCAAAUUCCCUUGUGUCAAUGUCGAAAAUGUUUAUGUGUUCCCGGGAUCUCCAGUCUACCUGGAAAGACUUUUCCAAAGCCUCUGCAAGGAAUUAUUCAAGGGGGAAAAAUUUGUUAAGAGAGAGCUGUUCCUGGAUUCUAAAGAAGAGUCUUUUGCUGAUGUUUUAACUAAAGUCGCUAAGGAAUUCCCUAAUGUCGCUUUUGGAUCUUAUCCAAUCACUGGAGAAAGUUAUUACAAAGCAAGAGUGACGAUUGAGAGUGACAGCGAGGAUGAAACACUGAGGGCACAGGAAAGAUUCAGGAGUUCACUUCCACGAGAGAUAUUCGUAAAUUAUGACAAACAUCCCCAUGUCGACUCCCAUGAAAAAUUCUUGGCAUUUAUGGACGAAUGUCAGUGUGAUGACUACGGAAAGACACUGGAAGAGCUAAGAAAACUCUACGAGAAACCCAAGGAAGUUGCAAUUUGCUUCGAUGGCAGCGUAGAGUCCACAGUACUCCUCCAUUUAGCCCACGUAGCGCAAAUGCAGUUGAAGAAUUCUUCGAAAAUUAAUGUCAUCAUGUUCAAAAAUGAGGAGUGGUUCCCUGAAGUCGAGAACUUUGUCAAAGAUAUUACCUCCAGAUACAAUCUGAACGUAAUAACUAUGAACUUGCCGCCUCAGGAGGCGACAAAGAAUCUGGAAGCAUCCCAUCCAGAUAUAAAAUUUUUACUGCUGGGAAUAAAAUCGAGGAGUAAAGAUAGCGGGGUCUAUCAUAAUCUCGCGAGACAGACGAGCAUUUCAUCGAUUGUUAUUAAGUGUCCCUUAAACGGAUGGACAGUCGACAGUUUAUGGACAUUUGCAAGAUCUCUCAGUCUGCCGUAUUGCUCGUUAUAUGACAAAGGAUACACCUGCGUAGGUGCUCGUGAGAGUACAAAGCCCAAUGUGAAUUUAAUAACUGGAGAUAAGGAAACAUGUCAACCAGCCUGGAAAUUCAAUCGACCCAGGAAAUAACAUUAAAUCGAUAUUAAACGAGAAUUAAUUUUUCUUUGACAAUUUUUUUAUUGGAAAUCUAUUUUGUAAUUAUCAAUGGAAUAAUAAACGGAAUAACUUUAUUCGCACAUUGACGAAGAAAUUUAAA